CAAAAAAAUUGUUUACUUCAACUUUGCCUUUCGCGUUCGUUUUAUUCUCGACUCUCGACAAAUCAAAAAAUUUUGUUAACUUAAUUCAUCACCUCAGGCUAAUCACCCCAAAAAUAGAUUUCAACAACUGCUUACUCGCAUGCUUGCGUAGCUUCUUGUUCUUGGCCGAUUCGGCUUUUUAGCAGAUUAAGCAAAUUAAAAAAUAAAUUCUUUGUUUUCGUCGGUCGUGUUUUUAGUGAGGGACACGGGAAGCUAGCUACAAAAAGCAAAGGUCUCUUAAGGAAUCUUUUUGUGUUCUUCAGUUGACGUGUUCCUUGGCCUGGGAACAGAAGUGCUUAGAGAUAAGUUUUUUUUUGGAUUGAAGAUAAAACAAACGAUAGCAAAAUUAUGAAAAGAUUACAUAUGGUAAACCUGCUGAUAGUCAUAUUAACUGUGGCCAGUAUUGGUUCUACUCUUGGAGCAACAACGCACAAACAUGAAAAGCACACAAGUAAAGAACGUCUAAAAGAUGGGUCUUAUAGUCCUAGAGAUGCCCAUCACAAUGAAGACGGAGAACAUCAUGUUGAGUUCGACCAUGAGGCUAUCAUUGGUAAUGUAAAGGAAGCACAAGAAUAUGAUACCUUAUCUCCAGUGGAAUCCCAGAAACGUCUAGCAGUAUUGGUUAAGAUGAUGGAUAGAAAUAGCGAUGAGUUUAUUGAUAGGCAUGAACUAAAAGCAUGGAUUUUGAGGUCUUUUAAAAAACUGUCCGAAGAAGAAGCUAUAGACCGCUUUGAAGAAAUCGAUACCAAUACCGACGAUAAAAUAACAUGGAAAGAAUACUUGAUGGACGUGUAUCAAAUCGAGGACGACGGCAUUCCAAAGAAUGAGGCCGAUUACGACAAUUACGAGGAGGAACAGAAAAUGAUGCAAGAUGACAAAGAAAUGUUCAAAGCAGCCGACGGCGAUAACGAUGGAUCUCUAUCCGUAGAAGAAUUCAUCCUCUUCCAAAAUCCCGAAGAACAUCCUCAAAUGUUACCCAUUGUCCUGGAACAAACGAUGCGCGAUAAGGACAAAAACAAAGACGGCCAAAUCGAUUUUGUUGAAUUUCUUGGAGGAUCAGCUAAAGAACACGACCAAGAAUGGUUAAUCACAGAAAAAGACCGUUUCGACCAAGAUUUCGAUCAUAAUAAGGAUGGUAUCCUUACUGGGAAUGAAGUACUCAAUUGGAUAGUUCCAAGCAACGAAGAUGUAGCUAAUGAUGAAGUUGAUCAUUUGUUUGCUGCUGCAGACGAAGAUCACGAUGAUAGGCUGUCGUAUACUGAAAUAAUUGAAAACUAUGAAACAUUUGUUGGAAGUGAAGUUACGGAUUAUGGUGACCAUUUGCAAAAUAUUCAUCGCUUGGGAGAUGAACUGUAAAAAUUGUGUAUUGGAUUUAAAUUAAAUUUGAUUAAAUUUUUUAAACUGUAUAACUUUUUGCCAAAAAUGAGGCAAUAUUCAAUUAAGCCAUUUUAGUUAGUAAUAAUUUCUACUUUCUUUUGUAAAUUUUCAAUAACUUAUUUUAAAUUUAUAUAUUUUUGCGUAUUUGUUCUCGAAAUGAUUUUUUUGUGUCUAUUAAAGAAAAAUGUGUGCGUUUUAUAUUAAAAUCUUUUUUUAUUUAAACAUCUUCGA